GCCUUUGCGUUUGGUAAAGAAUGUCCGUCCUGCGCCACCGUAUCCACGAUAAACAGUGACAGGCAGCUGUUCCUGCGUGUUACUGUCUGAGCUCACGUGUGCGACUGAUUUUACCGUUAAAACAACAAGAUGGAGCCUGUUAUUAAAAUAAAUCCCGGUGCUUCAAAAUGGGACAUUCGACACAAAGUUUGGGACUAUAUCGAAGAAAAGAACCUGGCCAACUUCCCGAGGCCUGUUCACAACAGGAUUCCGAAUUUCAAGGGAGCCUUCACGGCCUGUGCCAAGGUUUCUGAGCUGCAGGUGUUCCCCCAGACUCCUGAGGUGAAGGUGGAUCCAGAUAAACCCCUAGAGGGCGCUCGUCUGGCAGUGCUACAGGCCCAGAAGACUUUGCUGGUCCCAACUCCCCGCCUCCGUACUGGUCUUUUCAACAAAAUUACUCCUCCAGAGGGAGCCAACAAAGAACAGCUCCGUAUAUGUGCUUCUGCUCAGGGUGUGAAAGACUUUAGUGUUCCUGUAGGUCUGGAGGCAAAGGUGAAGAUCGACCUGGUGGUGGUUGGCUCUGUGGCAGUGUCACCUAAAGGUUUCCGCAUUGGAAAAGGCGAAGGCUACGCUGACAUGGAGUAUGGAAUGAUGGUUUCCAUGGGAGCAGUAAACGACUCCACUGUGGUGGUCACUGUUGUCCAUGACUGUCAGGUGGUGGACGUCCCAGAGGAGCUGAUCGAGAGUCACGACCUGAUCGUAGACUACAUCCUCACACCCACCAGGGUUAUUAAGACAGACUGCUGCAAACCGAAGCCACAGGGCAUCUACUGGAAUAAGCUGGACGUUGAAAAGCUGCAGAAGAUCCCCAUCCUAAAGAAACUGCAGGCUCUGGAGGAAGAGGCUGGAAAGGAUGUCACACUGGGGUCGGUGCCAGCUACUGUAGCAGGAACAGUAGCCGCAGCAGAGCCUGCUCCACGUGCAGCUCAACCCAGAAGACAAACCAGACGCAGGCCGAGGCUCAGCUCACAGCAGGAGGAAGAGGAAGAGUUCAAACAGGAGUCCAAACCGGAGAGGAAAACAGAGGGAGAGCAGAACUUUAGACAGCGCCCAGCCCGAGUGAGGAAAGAGAGCAGAGGAGGUGAGGAGAGAGCAACCAAAGGUAGAGGACGUGGAGGAAACUUCAAGGAGAAAGGCCCAGACGAGAAGGGAAGUGAAGGGACCGCAUCUGAGCGUAAAGUGCCCCCAACUGUGACCACGGUGUACCUGGGAGGGAUCCCCACAGGGCUGAGGGUCAGUGAGCUCAAAACUGUCCUCAGAGAGAAGGAUGCUGUUCCCCUGAGGCUCACCUGGCAGGGAGCUCAGCACAGAGCCUUCCUCGACUACAGCGACCCUGAGGCUGCAGAUCAGGCCCUGGAGGCCCUGCAGGGUCUCAAUCUGGACGGUCAGGGUCUACAGGCUGAGCUGGCCAAGAGUCAGCGCAGGGGCAGGAGGUCUGGACAGUCCGACAGGAGACCAGGACCGGGAGCAACCCAGAAGUUUAAAACGUCAACGACUGAAGAAGAGGUGGAAAAGUCAGAGCAGUGAAACAGAACCGUGUAGACGUGUGCUCACCCACAGGGCUCACGUUCCCCCAAGUGCUAUCAUACACAGCAUUAAAAUCCAUUUCUGAACAAACAAGCCUUAUCAGUUACUAAGCAGCACAAGGGAAUACUAUGAUUUCCUGGUUUCAAAAAUUGAGCUCAAACAUAUCACAUAGAAAGCUUUAAGACAUUAAAAAAAAACAUCUGAGAAAACAAAGAAAAACAGCCAUUAAAAAGCUCCGACAUAUCUACGCCAACAGUAAGGUGUCAACAAAGACGCUCACUUUCUCCGCAUGACUGGACGAAGAACUCAAGACGCCUUCAGGCCAGACUGACCUCUGGGAAGAACCACCUGGAGAAAGAGCAAAUGGACUAGACGCAAAUAUUCGGUCAGAAAAGUGAGAAUAUCAUCUCGUUAGAAUUUUUCUGCGUUUGGAGAAGGAGAGGCGUAGAACCCAUAGAACACUGUCUCCUCUGUGGGAAUCCUGUGAACCAUGAGGGAAAACAAAGAACAUUGGAACAUUUUGGAAAGCAGUCGUCAACAAACUUGAUCAAUAUCACACUUUGGUGCUUACUUUAAAACUGGUGAAGAACUUCAACCAAAUCCUGACUCAGCUUCCAGUAGAUUUAUUUAUGAAGUGAACUGAAGAUCGUUGAUCAUUUAAGGAGAACAUGAAAUGAGGUCACACGUCGCAUAAUGAAAUAUUCAACUGUAACACAGAGGUUACUGAGGGCAAAAUAUGGCUGCCGGGGUCAGUGGGGUCAACCCAAGAGUUAAAUAGCUUAUGUUACAGAACCACUGUUCUAGACGGUGUGGCUCAUACACAUCUUAAGUGCCUGCUAAUGGAAAAAAAAUUACCAUAUUAGGAAUAUUCUUAUUUUAUUCAAAAGCCUGUUUAUAAAGCAAGGUAAAGAAAUGAAUAUUUACCGUAGAUUAGAUGUCACAUUUUUGAUCCCAUUUAGAGGAAAAAAGGUAAUUGAGUGAAAAGAGUGAUUCAUCAUACUUCUUACUCAUCAGUUCCUUGAUGUACUCCUCUCAUCUUCCUAACACUGGUUAUUUACUAGCGCAGUUUGACCGCCCUCAGCUGACACAGCUAGGCUCUCCCCACAGUUCUGUAACAACCCGUUACAAAUCGUUUACUUUGCCAUUUUACAGUACAUGAGAAUGUUGUUGACCAUAGACUGUUUGUACUGUAAUAUUGUUUGAUACGGGAUAAUUUUUUUUUUACCGUUAUUAAUACAGCAUAUACCUGGACGUCCUGUGAGUUAUUUUUUGGAAACUGUUAGCAAUAUUAAUUUCCUAUUCUUCAAGGGAAAUGUUAAGCUAUCGUUUGAAAUAAGCUAUUUGUUUUCUUGGCUAAAUUUUAGUUGUGACAAAGUUUUGCCCGUUUGAAGGCUAGCCUUGAAUUUACCAACUUGGAUUGUGGUAAAAGUUAUCUAUAGUGUAAUAAUUAGUAAUACGUUUUCUGCUAAAUGGGAUUUGAAACUAUGUUCUUCCAAUUGCAACUCGACGUCACAUCCAUGUCUUACACAGGGUCUGUACAUGUACAUGGACUACUGGCUGUUUCUGUUGCGCCACCUACCUUGUAGAAAGUGGUGUCAUCCACGCUACAUGUCCUACUGCACUUGUCAUGCAUUUGUUUGGAGAAUAAUUUGACUAAAUACUUUGACUUUG